AUGGCUAUAAAAAGGAGAUUCAACGGUGAAAUAAGAACAUGUGGAAUGCAUGAUCUACUGCGUGAAUUCUGUUUGAUAGAAGCUAAAAUGACAAAGUUUAUGCAUAUGGAGAGGGAUGAGCUACCCGUCCCUACUCUUCCAAAAGAAAAGCACAUUGUCCGUCGCUUCAGUUUUCAAACCGAACACCAUUCAGUUGAUGCUUGUCGUAAGCUAUUACCCCCUGUUGCCAGAUCUAUCUAUGUAUUUUCUACAUCAAUGGAAACUUUUUUACCCUUUUACGAGUUUCUUGACAGCCUUCUGGGCAUUGCACGCAUAACCCGGCGUCAUUAUAUAUUACGUGAUUUUUUCUCCCGUUUCAAGCUUCUCAGGGUGUUGGCGAUCUUCAAUAAAGUUGAAAGGUUCCGUACAUUUCCACUCGAGAUCACAAAGUUAUUUCAUUUGAGAUAUCUCCAAGUUUUUUUUUCAGGCGAUAUUCCUGAAUCAAUCUCAGAGCUUCAGAAUUUGCAAACUCUAAUUAAUCAUGGGGGAAAAGGGAUGCCAAAUCUAGAGGAACUUUCUGGUCUCUGUUCUUUAAGUUGUACAACUGAAGUCUUUUCUCGCAUUCCCAAUUUAAAGAGAUUGGUUGUCUAUGAAAUUUCAUCUAGGAGAGAGGGUAUGGCCAAUCGCCUCAUCGAUAUGUCCAACUUGACAAAACUCGUAACAUUGAAGUGUUGGGAGUAUGAUGUUCCGAAACCUAUCUCCAUCAAGAUGUUUGUUUUCCCAACAUCACUUAAGAGGUUGACUUUAUAUGAGUUCCGUUUUCCUUGGAAAGACAUAUCAACUCUUGCCAUGUUGCCAAAUCUUGAAGAGCUCAAACUUAAAUAUAAUGCAGUCAAGGGUGGCGUAUGGAGAUUAAGUGAUGAAGACAAGUUCGAAAGCCUAAAGCUUUUGUUAAUUGCAACUACAACUUUCUUUCAUCAUUGGGAAGCUAGCAGUGAUAACUUCCCAAAUCUAAAACGCCUUGUUCUCAAUAAUUGCCACUGCCUCAAACAAAUUCCGACAGAUUUUGGGGAAAUUUGUAGUUUGGAGUCAAUUGAAUUACAUUAUUGCAACACUACUGCUGAGGAUUCUGCAAGAAAGAUUAAACAAGAACAACAAGACAUGUGA